AUGGCAACGAUUUCGGCCGCUAAAGACGACGUGGACGGCGAUUCAUACAUGGACGAUUCAGAGAGAACGCAACCUACUGCAGAGAUAUUGAAAGAGCUCGCAGAUAUCAAGAAAUUGGAUGAGCAACAGUCUGAACAGUCCCAAUUGCCACCUCCGAGUGAAUAUGAAGUUUUGACUGUACAACUCAGCGAGAACCCCCACGACCCCGAUGGAUGGAGAAGGCUAAUCAAGCUAGCAGAACAGUCCAAUGACCUGGAAAAGAUCAGCAAAUCGUAUGAUGCCCUCCUCAAGCACUAUCCAAAUAACGCUCCAGCGCAAAUUGCAUACAUAAAGCACUAUGUCAAUCAUAACAUGUCGGAGAGUGCAGAAGACUUAUUCAAAAAGUUUCUUAUUCGGUCACCGUGUGUUGAACUCUGGGUGUACUACUUAGAUUAUGUGCGGAAACUAAAUACAGGGCCGGCCCAACGUGAUACCGUCCGGAUGUCUUUUGAGUUUGCUCUGAACCAUGUCGGUCAGGAUAAGGACAGUGGUGUAAUAUGGAGCGAGUAUAUCAAGUUUCUCCAGUCCGGAGAGGCUACAACAACAUGGGAUCAACAACAGAAGAUGGACUCCCUACGGAAAGUAUACCACCGGGCUGUUCAAAUACCCCUUGACAAUGUCGAAAGCCUAUGGCAUGAUCUUGAGACAUUCGAGAACGGCUUGAACAAGAUCACGGCCAAAAAGUUCAUGGCUGACCUCUCACCAGCGCAUAUGCAAGCGCGGACAGUCCUGCGGCAACUUAUCAACCACAUUGGACCCCUGUUCGCGAACGAGAAGGAUACACUGUUUCUCCCAUCGCUCCCGAAAUUUGAUGCGUCGGAACGCGCACUCGUUGGAAAAUGGAAAGCAUAUCUCAAAUGGGAAGAGAGCAAUCCUUUAGAGCUCGAUGAGAAGGAUAAAGCGACACUGAUAUCACGCAUUCAGGGUGUUUAUCGAAAAGCGGUGAUCCGCAUGCGGUAUUACACCGAAAUAUGGUUCAUGGCCUAUACAUGGACAAAUAGCAUAGGGAAGAACGACGAAGCUCUUUCUAUUUUGAAAGCUGGCCUGGAUGCCAAUCCGUCCAGUUUCCUUCUCAACUUUGCCUACGCAGAAGCUCUAGAGAUCAAGAAAGACCUUGCAGGGGUACACGCCACGUACGAGAAGUUCCUCGGUAUCCUUCGCACCAACCUCGACAGGCUAGAGGAAACGUCAAAAGCUGAUGCAGCUGCAAACGGUUCUCAGAGCAAUGGCACAAAUGCACCACCACCGACAGCGCCAGCCAUAAUUCCCGAGCCACCAUCAAACGUCUCGUCGUUCAGUUCGCAAGGGUCGCAGGACGACAAACCGCCAAAAACGACAGAAUUGCAAAAGCACCGCACUGAAUAUGGGUUGGCGUGGAUCAUGUAUAUGCGGUUCGGAAUGAGAGCGGAAGGUGUCAAGGGCUCUCGAACAAUCUUUGGAAAGGCGAGGCGUGAUCGUUGGUCACCUUGGGAGAUCUACGAGGCUGCAGCAUUGACUGAAUAUCACUGCUCCGAUGACAAAGGAGUGGCAAGCCGAAUCUUUGAAAAGGGGAUGGAAUCCUUUGGCGAUGAGAUUGAUUUUGUGCUCCGAUACCUAGGCUUCCUAAUUUCUAUUAAUGAUAAGAAUAAUGCACGUGCCCUCUUUGAACGUGUUAUUACCACCUUUCCACCAGACCGUGCCCGCCCCCUAUGGGAACGAUGGGCUCGGUACGAAUAUCAAUACGGGGAUCUGGAGGCAGCUCUAAAGUUGGAAAAGAGGAUGGCAGAAGUGUAUACGUCUGACCCUCCAAUCAAACGGUUAGCUCAACGCCACAUAUACCUGGGGACCGACGCGAUUGCCGACCGAGAUCUUGGAUUUGCUCUCGCCCGCCGUGCAACGACGUCUGUUGCCUCCAGCUCUCUCAACCGAGUGGAAGCUUCUCAAUCCUUGAUUUCAUUGCCCACCAACUCUCAGAGCAACUCCCAAACCUACGGUAAUAAACGGCCGUCGUCGCCUGAUUACCGCAACAAGCGCGACGAAACCCGUCCGAACGACUACAGCUCGACACAUAAGCGCGCGCGGCCGUCGUCGCCUCCACCCAGAGCUCAACAAGAUCGGGAACGAGAUCGGGACCGUGAUGGGCGGUGGGACGGUAGUGGUCCUCCGAGAAGGAGGUUCUCGCCACCUCCACCGCCUCCGAAUCGUGAUAGAGACGACCGUCCACCCCCACCGCGACGCGAGCCACUUCCGCCACCGCGCGAUCGGGAUGAUGAUAAACGUCAAUCCACUUUGCCUGCAAUUCUGCCGUGGUUUAUUGGCGAAUUGCCGACGGCGUCUUCGUUUGAUGGACCUGUAUUUAGAACUGACGACUUGAUGAACCUUCUCCGGACUGCUGUCAUACCCAGCGCGACUUCGCGGCCUAAAUCUCCCCACGGACAUCCACCUCUACGCGGCGGUGGAGGGCGCCCUCCUCCGGAUUAUGGUCCUUAUCAAGGCCCAAAUAGUGGGGGCGGUGGACGACGUCGAUACUAG